GCGGGACGGCCCGCUCCGCCUGCACUGGGAGGCGGGUCUGCGGGCGGUCUGCCCCGCCGGAAGGGGCGCUGCCGUGGCUCAGCUGAUGAUCACACUAUCGGGACUCGGGCGGAGAGAUGGCGGCGCUUCUGAUUGCAGUCCUGUGUCUUGGCGCAGCUGUGGCCAAACCUUUCUCAGGACAGGAACGAUGUGUGGAAGGGCCACCAUUUUGGUGUCAGGAUAUAAAAACUGCUUCAGAGUGUGGAGCUGUAAAGCACUGUCAGCAGAAUGUUUGGAGACAACCAACUGUGAAAAGUGCCGCUUGUGAUCUGUGCAAGGAUGUUAUGACUGUGUUGGGAGAUCUUCUGAGGGACAACACUACUGAGUCGGAAGUGCGAAGUUACCUUGCCAAAGCCUGUGGCAUGAUUCCAGAUGCAACCAUGAAAACACGUUGCAAUGAAUUAGUAGAUGACUAUUUACCAAUCAUCUUGGAUAUCCUCAAUGAAGAACUGGAAAAUCCCGAAGUCGUUUGCACUGCUUUACACUUGUGCCAGACGCUCCAAGCAACACUUAAUGGAAAGGAUAUUAUCUCCAAUGAAAUUCCAGAGGUGGACAUGUCCAAAAUAGUCUCUCCUUUCAUUGCAAAUGUUCCUCUACUACUUUACCCGCAGCAGACUGUCAAACCAAAGCAGGGUGAAUUCUAUAGUCCUGACGAAGGGUCUCGGCCUGAAACGUCGACUGCACCUCUUCCUACAGAUGCUGCUUGGCCUGCUGCGUUCACCAGCAACUUUGAUAGCAAUGAUGACGUCUGUCUCAACUGUAAUCAGUUCAUCAGCAAUAUUCAAACUACUAUGAAAGAGAAUGUGGACUUCCAGAAUGAACUCAUUACUCACAUAAAGAAACAGUGUAAUGUGGGACCUGGUUUAACAGAACUGUGUGAGAAGUACAUCGCCUUGCAAGGACCACAAGUGGCUGAGAUAUUAAUGCAGAGAAGUGCAGAAGAGAUUUGUACUGCAACUGGAUUCUGCGACAAAGCAACCACAGUUCCAAUGCAGGUCCUUCAGGAACCUAUUGUUCACCCUGUGCAGAAGAAUGAAGGGCUGGAAGCAGGAUCACCUGGCUGUGCAAUCUGUGAAUUUGCCAUGACUGAAAUCAAGAAACUUCUCCAGGAGAAUACAACUGAGGAGGCGAUCACUGAUGCUCUGAUAAAAGUAUGCUCCAUUCUGCCAGUCACUGUUAAAAGUGAAUGCGAAGAAUUUGUCAAUGUUUACGGGAAAGCUGUGGAGGAACUUCUUUUGCAGGAAUUGGACCCUGUCCUUGUAUGCAGAGUCAUUGGUCUGUGCAAGCAGGCGGAAGAGACAGCUCUGGGCUCUCAGAAAGCCAAACCAGAACAACUGCAAUCAGGCGCUUUGUGUAAAAUCUGCAAGACUAUGGUACAAAUGUUGGAUACUUUGCUGGAAAAGAAAAGGACAGUGGCAGAGAUCGAGGCUGCGCUGGACAAAGUCUGUUCCUUGCUCCCAGAACCGAUGCAGGAUGAGUGUGAUGAUCUAGUAGCUCAGUAUGGAGCACUUUUAAUUCAAGUCCUGCUGCAGAGUUUGGAUCCAGACUUUGUCUGCAAAAAUAUCGGAGCUUGCACAGAAGUAAAAGAACAUCUCUUAGGAGCAAAUAAAUGUAUCUGGGGCCCAUCCUAUUGGUGUAAGAAUAUGGAAACUGCAAACCAGUGCAAUGCGGUUGAACACUGCAAGCGUCAUAUCUGGAACUGAAAGGGAUGAAUUGCUGGAUAAAUGCAGUGAUGAUUUUAAACAAAUUUUUUUCAGUUUAGUUUGCAAUAUAUGCUUGAGCAUUACGUAGAAAUAUGUUUGUUGUAACAAUCUCAAAGUUUGCUUAAUCCAUGUUUCUCUCUGGUGAAUGGUUGUAUCUGUGAGGUCUAUCUAACUUUGAACAUUAGUUAUGUAUUGCACUGCAGGAGAUGGAGGAAUAAAGUUAAUUCCUCACCUGGGCUUGAGUCUACAGGAGAAACUACAGCAAAGGUUGUCCCUCAGCUGUAAGAAUUAAUGUAAAAAUUUUUGGUGUUCAAUUCAGGUAAUGCUAAUAAUGAAGUGACUGCUGGAUUUUGCUUCAAUUAAUACGCAAGUACUGUAGUCUGAAGGACCUAAUGUUUGCUAAUCAUUAGUUUGUUGUAAAAUAUUUGAUAAAUAUGUACAAAUUGGUUUGUCAAUAAAUCCUGUUUUAAUUUUCA